GAGACUUUAGUCUAAAUUGCAGCCAGUGAUCGAUCGAAAAAGUUGCUAAAUUAUAAUUGACUUUCGGAACCGGACUGUUCUUUCGUCUUACUCAGGCCCUCACCUGCCCUUACUCAUCCAUUUCUCACCGUCUGACAUAUAAACCUCUCAUUGAGGCUCUUACGGGCCCCCAAAAACCACAUAUUCUUUUCAGAUCCCCGACUGACCCAAGCGAAAUGGCAGGCGAGCGAUUCGAAGAGGACCAAAUCGAAGAAAUCCUCGAGGGCGGAGACGAAUUCAUCGACCCUAACGAUGUCUACAUCGAAUUCGGAGAUGAUGGUGACCACCCUAUGGACGAAGACGAGACCGGCGAUCAAGACGGGUUUGACGGUUCGCGCCCACCUGAAGAAGAUAUAGUCUACGAAGACAAUUCCUUCCAACACUUUCCUAAUCACAACGGAUCCGUAUUCGCCAUUUCCACACAUCCUUCUGCGACUUUAGCAGCAUCCGGAGGUGAAGAUGAUCUUGGAUAUAUUUGGGAUUACACGACUGGAGAGGCGGUGGUGAAGUUGACGGGACAUACGGAUAGUGUGACUAGUACUGCGUUUAGCAGUGAUGGAGAGUUGAUCUCGACGGGCGGUAUGGAUGGGAAGGUUAGGAUAUGGAGGAGAGUGGGGAAGGAGAAUUGGAAGACUUGGGAGUUCUUGACCGAGUUGCAGGGUCCCGAUGAGGUUACGUGGUUACGGUGGCAUCCAAAAGGCUCUAUACUCCUUGCAGGCUCGAAUGAUACUACAGUAUGGCUCUGGCAACUCCCUUCUGGAAACACCAUGCAAGUAUUUGCCGGUCACACUUCUGCCGUACAAUGCGGCGACUGGACCCCAGACGGCAAACGCAUCGUCACCGCCGACGCCGACGGUAAUCUCAUCUACUGGGACCCUCGUUCACCCGCGCCCAUCUUCAAACUCACAUCCACCGACGCCCGAUUCGACGUCGAAGGCAUCACUUCAUUAGCGAUCAACCCUGCAUCGACCCUUGCAGUCGUUGGGGGUGUGAACGGGGGCGUCAGGGUAGUGAGUCUGAGUAAAGGUGAAGUUGUGGCUGCGCUUGCGGGGCAUAAGGAGGGUGAGAGCGUGGAGAGUGUUGUGUUUGUCGACCUUGCGGGGAUGGGACAGGUAGGGACGGGAGGGGUGGUUGUGACGGGUGGUACAGAUGGCAAAGCGUGCAUUUGGGAUUUGAGUACGAUGCGUUUGCGGGCGACGCUUGAGCAUGAAGACGCCGUCACAAAUCUUCUCAGCCACCCACCACCAAAAUCCUACCUCCUCCUGUCCGCUUCGGCGGACAAUACUCUUCGCACUUGGGACGCGCGUACUGGAACUCUUAUUAGGGAACAUAAAGGCCAUCAGGGACCCGUAUUGGGUGCUGCUUUCGGUGCCGGUGGGGACACUGUCAUUAGUGCGGGUGAUGACGGUGUUUGCUUGGUCUUUCACACUGAGUGAUUUCGUGCGGGUCGCUGGAGGGUCUGAAGUCAUAUCCUAUACUCACGCAGGGAAAAAGAUGCAUAGAUGUAUCGUUGACGUUAAAUAUAUCCAUAGUAGAGUUAGUCAUGUAUCGUUGUUUAUCCCUAUUCAUAUAAGAGUGUACAUUUGUCAAGAAUGUGUGCGCCG